AUUUGAAGAUGGGGAUAAUCAGAAGCAGCUUCUCUUUUUUGCUGGGAACUGGCUGUGGUAUUUACAUUGCCCAGAAUUACAAUGUUCCAAAUGUAAAGAAGCUCGUGAAUACAUGGCUCUUUGUGGCCAAGCACGUUGAAGAAACAUACAGGAAGCCAAAGCAGAAAGACGAAGAUUAGUAGCCAUUGAUAUGUACUGCCAUACACUUUGAAUGAAUAAUAUAAUACCGCGAUGGAAAAAGCACCAGGAAUGUGGUGAUUAUUUUUUUGGAGAUCGAAUAUGUCUGCACUUUAUCAUUGUGAACAUUCAAUUAGCAAGCAGGGCUUUGUUUCUGGGAUGCAAACUCUGCAGCAUAGCUUAUUGUGACCGUGUAACUUUCUUCUACUGCUUCUAUAACCUUUAAUUUUUUUGAGAAAACUUUUGUAAACUAUAUGAAGACACCUCAUUUUGUGGGUGCUCUAAAUUGUCGCAUAAUCUACUAGUGCUGAUCUUUGUUUGCCAAUAUCAGUUCAUCAUUUUGAUUUGAAGUC